GGAAGCAUUGCUAAGUGUACCAGAAGUCCAGAAGCUUUCAGAAGGCAGUAAUCGAGUGUUUUAUUUCGUUUCGGCUGUGAUCUAGUGACUUUUGGUACCUGCUACUAGAAGAGGCUGUGUCUACAUUACAAAGCAUGCCUCGGCAAGCGGAGAACAAAAUGCUGCAAAUCUGCCUCCCCACCCCCACCUCUACCUCCAUGUAACUCCGAUCUGUCUGUAGUACCCCUCCCGAUGGGAUGGACUCAACAAAAAGUGAAUGGAAAACACACGUUUUGUAAGCUAUCUCAAGCAGUGUCUUGUAGCAGUGCCUCUCCAAUGGCUGUUAGUCACAGUUUGAAUGUAUUUGAUGAUUUUUCCUGGGUUCUUUAUGUUUAUAAAAACCAGAUGGACCCAAGCAAAUGUGAUGCAUUGAAGGAAUUUCCCUCACAGCUGAUGCCAGACCGAGUCCCUGAUUUAUUAAAGGCAUUGGACUGCUUGCCUAUUUGUGCUGGCCAACCAGACAGUAACUUUAUUGAAAUGAUCCGAGCAAAGAAAGGGAAAAUAAUGUCUAGCCAUGGUGAAAGUGUGGCCUUCCUUGAUAGCUCCCCAAUUGAACUAAAUGGAACCACUUAUUUGGAGACAAUCCGCACAUCCAAGUGCCAAAUUAUUGGCCAUUUUACGAAGUGUGAUGAUUGCAAACGGUACAGAGACAAUCUCCGUGGGAUAUAUAGUCGAUGGACCAAAAAAUUCUCUGUGAAUAUAUCUGCAUCUAUCUGCAUCCAGUCAUAUCAAUGAGCGAUACUUAGACACGCCACAGAAAACAAGAAAGAUCUCGAAGUUACGAAACAAAGUUCGGUCAACCACGGAACAAGUAAGGAAGCUUAGAGAGAAAAUAAAAGAGAUGAGUGAAAGGUUCGGAGAAACUAUUGAUGAUGGACUGCACUCAGAUCUUACUAGUAUCAUGAAGGAUAACCAAGAGCGAAUUAAUCAUGUUUACACUGAAGGAAGUUUUGCUCGGCUGUUUUGGGAGGAGCAGUUCAAGGCAGCAUCAUUGGCAGACGCAAAGCAAAUGCGAUGGCAUCCUGCCAUGAUAAAGUGGUGUUUGAAUUUAUCGUUGAUGUCUGGCUGUUCUUAUCGGGCGAUGAGGAGUAGUGGAUUUAUAAAGCUCCCUUCAGAAAGAACCCUAAGGGACUACACCAACUACAACCUGUGCCAGGACAUGUGGCAUGCUCGGUACGAUCGGGUCAUGACAAUGUAGCUAUUCUGCAUCAUUCCUGUCCAAUCACCAGUAAGUGUCAUUGCGCCCCCACUGGGCUCUGUUCCGAUUUAUAAAUGUUCCGAUUUAUAAAUCCCCUACGCCAACUACUUUGAAAUAAAGACCGGGUUCCAAGAUGAAGUAGAUGAGCAACUCACUCAAGAAAUUUCUUUGCUUCGUUUACCUGAAAACAGGAAGUUUUUUUGUAUCUUGUUAGAUGAAAUGAAGAUUAAGGAAGGAUUGGUGUUCAACAAGUACUCGGGAAAGAUCAUUGGUUUCACACAACUGGGAACUAUAAAUGACGACCUGCUUCGACUAGAACAAGAAGAACAUCCCCCUUUUGCGAAGUAUGUCCUUGCAAUAAUGGUGCGUGGAACAUUGCUAGAAUUUCCAAAUGCUCACUUUGGUACAAGGGGAAUCACAGCUGACUUGAUGUUCCCUAUUAUCGAUGAAGCCCUGUAUUGCUUAGAAUCCAGAGGGAUUAAAAUCAUCUCAAUUACUGCGGAUGGUGCAAGUCCUAACAGAAAACUGUUCAAUAAAAAUUAUGUUUAACAUUGAUAAGUCUGCAGUAUCAUACAAAGCUCCUAAUCCAUACUCAUGUGAUGGCCAAAGAUCUCUUUUCUUCUUUGUUGACCCACCUCAUUUGAUCAAGACAGUCCGCAACUGUUGGUCUAAAUCAGGAAUAACUGGGACUCGCCACAUGGUGAUCAAUGGGCAGUUCAUCGAGUGGAAGCAACUGUGGACUGUUUAUGACAAAGUAUCUGGGAUGGCAGCCACCUCCCGGGGUAUAUCAAUUCUCCCCAAGCUGAAGUUUGAACAUCUAAAGCUUACAUCGUUUUCUCGUAUGAGGGUUGAUCUAGCUGCUCAAGUGUUGAGCCAGAGUGUUGCGAGUGCGUUCUCAUACUAUAACGAUCCCUCUACUACUGAGACUCAAAAGUUUGUGUCAUACUUUGACAAGUUUUUUGACUGCAUGAAUGUCAGAAGUACCACAGAAUGGCGGAAAAAAAAGAAACCUAAUUUGAAGCCUUACACAUCUAUUGAAGAUGAACGGCUUGAGUGGCUACAAUCUGAAUUUUUGAAGUACCUUAAAGAUUCUGUGAAAGACACAGAUCUCAGAGCCCAAGAUCAGAACAAGAUGAUGUUGUCAAGGGAAACCAUGGAAGGCCUUCAAAUUACUGUUAAGUCUUUUGUCGAGAUGACGAAGUAUAUCUUGUCAGAAACGUCUACAGAAAAUUCUGAAUCAUUGUACUUUUUGAGCGAGAGAAUAUCACAAGACCCAAUUGAGAACUACUUUGGGAAACAGAGAGCCCGAGGAAGGAGAAAUGAAAACCCAUGAAAACCCAUGCAUCAAUGUGUCCCAUGCAUCAAUGUGUACAUAAUGCUGCAGCACUUAGAGUGCAAAAAUCCUUGGCCUUAGCCUUAGAUCCUAUCCGUGGCAACUGUAGGCGAAAGAGACUGAACUACAGUGAUAACACUAGAUGAUACACCCUUACCUAAACGUAAACGUAAAUAGUAAAAAAAAAAAAUCGAUUUUAAAAUUAAGUGCCACUAAUACUUUUACGUAAGCCAGUUGAUUUUUGUAUUGUCUUUUUCUCUUUUCGUUUGUAAGUGAAAAUCCUCUGACAGUUACCCAUAAGUUCACAAUUUCUUGAAGUAACUCUUGAGCAUGAUCGGGGGGGUUGUCAAUCUCCUGUGAUAACAGGGUCCAGUAAAAUUGGAUUUCAUCAUUAUCAACCACUUUGCUGUGAACAUUUUUUUUAAAACUUUGUUUGUCAGCAGUAGAGCUCAAAACAUGUUUGGGCAAGUAAUACCGCACACAUUUUUCAAUCUCUAUAAACAUUGCGAAAGAGUUAUCGUUUAAUGGGAAGAGUCCUCCUCGGUUUACAAUAGCAAACCAUUACAAUAGCGAACCAUUUCUCUGUGUAUGACAGUACACUUUCUCCUUCACCUGCAACAGCCAUAUCACCCAGACAGGUUAUGAAUUGAAAUAACUUUGCCUCUUUCUUCUUUCGUCUUUCGAAUUUCUUUAGCAAAGAGUGGGCUACAUAUCCACGUGCAUAUCUUAAGGCAUUAAGUUCAUCACUAGUCAGGAUGACUUGUAUUUCAGAUUGCUCCACUUUAGGAGCUAAAGCUGUGAAAUACUUGCAUACACAGUCAUCAAACACCCUUCGGAAUAAUUAUUUGCUGCAUCAAUAACCAGUCACCUUCUUCGCUCAAUUCCAGUUGGUUUUUAGUAUUCCACUACUCUGAACACGCAAUUCAUGAAAGGUUGUCCAUAAUUUAGUUCUCUGUCCACUUUUAGCCUUAUACCUGCCUGCAGUAGCCUGUAUGUUCUCUUGUAACCAUGAAACUAGAUUAUCACAAAAAUGGUCGAAGUCCUCCUGCCCUUUCUCUCUGUCACAACUCCUCUCAAGUAUUUGCUCUCCAAGAUGCUUUAACUUGAGACCACGAUCACCACUUGAAGGGGCCUCACUAACAAUUGCAGUUAUAUUGCUGCGUACUAUUCCACUGGCCAUUGGUACUGCUUCUGUUUAUACUAGCUAGCCAUGUUUGUUGACCGAAACGCGGAUCGUCAAUGCCCUUUACAUUGCGUUACCCAUCCCUCUCCCUCUCUUAUAUCUAUGAUUAAAUUGAGACAAUGGAGAAGGACCCUUUGCUCGAGACUUAACUGCUAUGAGGCUGAACAUAUUAAUCAUUUGGCUGUGGUGAUCGCUCCUAAUGUCCCCUCUUGUCUUGUCGACGUUGUCACCUACAAACUUGAACAAGUCACCAUCAUCGAUCCACUUCUUGAGUGGGGUCCCACUGAUUUGUGUGACCAGCCCGAGUACCGCAGUGUAACUGAGCGUUACAUUCAGGUGAUUUAGCCGAGUGUACACCUGGGAAUAUUAAACUCUAUCUCUGUACACGUAUGUAACCCUGCGUAUCAAAAUUAAGGCCCCAGCAAUGAUUCUAUCAAUGAUUCUAUUUUCAGUACUUGCUGUUACAAUUAUACACUAUACACACAUACAUUUGUAUACUUCAUUUACAUGUGUAAUUGCAUAUACACUAACUAUCCCACUCUGUGCACGCAUGCACACACACACACAAAAACACAAACACACACACACACACACCUUUCUGUUGACUCUAGAUGAUAAGAGCACGAGUGACAGGAACGUUUAGAGUCCACUCAUUUCCCUAUUCCGCUCCUUAAGUAAGACACUGAUAGCCAUGCAGAUGUCGGGGUGGUCCUUUCUUUGUCUUAUUUCUGUGGUCUGACCUGCUAACAAGGAAUACCAUCAGCUUCAGGAGAUUUGGAGCCUUCUCUCGCAGCUCAUCAAUGCACCUCUCACAGGAGAAGGAGGAAUCAACUGUGUCCAGAGGGAACUUCCGGAACAGGGAAGGGACAUCACCGGACUUUCUACACAGAGCAACAGAGCAGCACAUUCAUCAUUAAGGAGACUGAUAAACUUCUCUAAGAGCAACUCUCUCAACUCUGACACGGAAAAUACAGCUCUGGCGAUGGACGGAAGGUGACCACCUGCCAGUACUUGUGCAACCUUCCUCAGGCUGCUGUCAACAGUCUUCGUGACUGAUUUGCUUACUGGGCGACACUGUGUUAAUUGAGUCAACUGAUCUGGAAUCUGGCUCCUUUCUACAUGUCAUCAACCACUAAGAAAAUAACAGCUGACGAUUAAGUAAACUACAAUCACAAGUGUCUCACAAGGUGUAAAGGCAAGUCUCCUCCCAGGAACUCCACCGGUGGAUCGUUUUGAAGCUCAAGAAGAUUCGUUCUUCCAGAAAGAUCGCUGCUGCAACAAUUGCAUCACUCAUUUCACUCUCACUGCAAUUGCAUGUUCGCUUGAAAAUAAAAUAAGUUGGUGUCACUUGAACCUCAGUGUCGAUGCUCGAAACAAUACAAUGGUGUAUGUGUAUAAAAUAGUGUAUGUGUGUAUGUCCUUGUAUAUAAUAUUUGUGUGAUUUGUGUGGAUGUAUUUAAUAUCAAUCUUGAGUUAAAAUUCAUGCAUCUUUCAUCUUAUUUGUGGCGUAAUAUGACGUCCCCCGUCCAUUCCUCUUACCUGUUAUUCUAACUGUAUAG